AUGACACGCGAAACAAUCUUCAUCACCGGUGCUACCGGUUUCAUCGGCUCGCAGACUGCCCAAGCAGCUCUGGAGGCUGGGUAUUACGUGCGGUUGAGUGUCCGCCACGAGAUGCAAGUCGCGGAGCUGCAGCGCCUGUUUCACGCUCAUAGCGAGAGAGUCGAAUGCGUCGUCGUUCCCGACCUUACAUCCGUCGAGACUCUGCAAAAUGUAAUGGAUGGUGUCAGCCAUGUCAUCCACAUUGCGUCUCCGCUGCCAGGGUCAUCCGCUGGAAACGACAUACGACGUGACUUUGUCAACCCAGCCGUGAACAGUGUCCUGGCCGUGCUAAAAAGCGCGUCGGUCCAUCCCUGUGUCAGAAGGGUCGUUCUCAUGUCCUCGUUUGGGGCAUUGAUUCCCCUCGGUGCCUUAACCGGUUCAUAUGUACGCGUCCGCGACAACGCGGACGCCGCAAUACCGGUUGACUUGGACAUGGCUCUACCCCCGGGCGAGAUCGGUACUUGGCUGAGCUACCAAGGGUCCAAGAUCCUUGCUCAUCAGGCUGGUCGGGACUGGGCGCGCCACAACGCUCGCUACUUGGAGGUGGUAUCGAUGCAUCCAGGAUAUGUGCUUGGGCACAGUCUUGUCCAGAAAACCGCCGCCGACAUCUCAGGCAUGAACGCUGUCCUUUGGUCUGCGCUAAACAACGUCCCCCAGGCCGGUUUCGUCACGUGCUGUGUACAUGUUCAGGAUGUUGCCGAUGCGUGCCUGCGUGCUCUCGACGCGGCCUUGCCCAAGCCUUAUAUGGAGUUCCUGCUCGCAGGUCGCGAGUUCACUUGGUCGGGCGCGGUCGAGGUUGUGAAGUCGAGACGUUAUCCGAUCCUUGAGGCUCCUCCAGAAGUUGGGCCGUUUGGGGGCUGGACUGGCGUGGACGCCGAUGUGUCGGCAGCGGAGGAGAUCUUGGGCUUGCGUUGGAGGUCGCAGGAGCAAAUAGUAGGGGACUUGAUUGAACAACAGCUGUCCUUUGCCAGCCAGAGAGCCUAG